AUAGUACAAUGAAAAUUUAUUUGUUGAUUUUUCAUUUAAUUUUAAUAAACUUGAACGGCAGUACCGUCACUGCAGAUGAUGAGCCAGAAGACUAUAAAUUUAUUUUAGAUGCAGUGACAGCAGAGAAAGAAGAUGACGAUGUAGCUAAAAUUAAAGUAGAGCUGGAUAAAAGCGGGGAUCUCGUGAAAAUCAGUGGUCAAGCAGAGCUAUUUUUUGAUUUGGAUAAUACAUGGCAGCUGAAGAUUGUAUUGAAAGGUGCAGGCGAUUCGAAUGAUGAGUACAAAGAUCUAAUAGCGCUGCCGCUAUUGGGUGUUUGUGAUUUUAUGAAUUUUUAUUACAAAAUCUAUCUUUACGAUUCGUUGGUGAAGUAUUCGAAUGCACCUUCGCCAGCCGAUUGUCCGGUUGUAAGCGACACCUACAUUCUAAGUGAAUAUCCUUUGAUUUUGGGCAACUUUCAAAAAUUCCUCCAUCCUGGAUUCUACAGCGUCGAGGCAAUUCUGUUUCACGAAGAUGAGGAGAAAUUCAAAUAUCGCAUAGAAGGUCAUGUAAUAGAGGAACGAUAAACCAGAUCAUAAUCCAUUAAUUAGGCUAUUUGCGCUGCUUACAAUAUAUAAUAUAUGUAAUAUGCCUAGUUUUGAAGUUUGCGACACGCUACGUAGUUGGUGCAGUUUCAUUACUAAAUUCC